CACUAAGCCCAACCCGACUGGCACAAAGCCCAAAACCCAAUCCUGAUCUAUGUAAAUUCCUUUGAAUCUUUUCUUUUAGGGUUUGAUAUCAAGCAGAGUAGCAGAGACAGAAAGCAGUCGCCGUUGUGCAACCUCAGAGAAAGAGAUGGCCAGAAUCAAGGUCCAUGAGUUGAGGCAGAAGUCGAAGACUGAGCUUUUGAACCAAUUGAAGGAUCUAAAGGCUGAACUUGCUCUCCUUCGGGUCGCCAAGGUCACUGGUGGUGCUUCUAACAAGCUCAGCAAGAUCAAGGUGGUAAGGUUAUCGAUAGCACAAGUUUUGACUGUCAUUUCUCAGAAACAGAAGGCUGCCCUUAGGGAGGCAUAUGAGAAUAAGAAAUUUUUACCUCUUGAUCUGCGCCCUAAGAAGACCAGAGCUAUCCGCAGGAGGCUUACUAAGCACCAGCAAUCUCUGAAGACAGAACGGGAGAAGAAGAAAGAAAUGUAUUUUCCCAUGAGAAAAUAUGCUAUUAAGGUGUAGGAUGGUAUUCUUGGGAUAGGCUGUUCUUAUAUUUUGCAGUUGUAAACCUAUUUGGUUGACAAGUUUUGACAAUGGAUUAUUUUUUUGUUAUGACUAUGAACUCUUCUUGUUUAAUCUUUAUGUCUGUAAACUUGGAAGGGUGUAUCUCACUCCUAUGUUAGUCAUUUCUUCUCAAGUUGAGCGACA